GAAAUACUUCCCAAAUGCCAUCCCCCGUGGGUGAGAGCUGCAGCACUGCCUCUGCAGAGGGUCCUGAGGGAGCCAGCUUGGGAUGGCAGCCUCGAGGCUGGUGCUGUCACUGCUGGUCACAGCUCUCCUGCUGCACGUGGCCACCACGCUGAAGAUCGGCGCCUUCAACAUCAAAGCGUUUGGGGACACCAAGAUGUCCAACCAGACCGUGGCAAAUAUCAUCGUCUCUAUCCUGUCGGAAUACGACAUCAUUCUGGUGCAGGAGGUCCGGGAUGCUGACCUGAGUUCUGUGCAUGACCUCAUGGACCAGCUCAACAGAGCUGGGGAGCACCCAUACAGCUUUUUGGUCAGCAUCCCCCUGGGUCGGACCAGCUACAAGGAGCAGUACCUCUUCAUCUACAGGUCAGACAUGGUGUCUGUUCUGGGAAGCUACUACUAUGAUGAUGGCUGUGAACCCUGUGGGAAUGACACCUUCAGCAGGGAGCCCUUCAUUGUGAAGUUCUCCUCACCCACCACACCAGAGGUACAGGAGUUCGUGUUGGUGCCUCUGCAUUCCGAGCCCAGCCAUGCAGCACAGGAGAUCGAUGCACUCUACGAUGUCUACACUGAUGUCAUCAACAAGUGGGGGACUAAUGACAUAAUCCUCCUGGGUGAUUUCAAUGCUGACUGCUCCUACGUGAGCAGCUCCCAGUGGCCGUCCAUCCGCCUGCGCUCGCUCCGCGCCUGCGAGUGGCUCAUCCCCGACAGCGCCGACACCACCGUGGCCGACAGCACCGACUGUGCCUACGACCGCAUCGUCGCCUGCGGCACCGCCCUGCGCCAGGACAUCGAACCCGGCUCCGCCACCGUCAACAACUUCGAGAAGAAAUUCCACCUCCAGAUCAAGGAUGCUUUGGCUGUCAGUGACCAUUUCCCAGUGGAGGUGAUCCUGAAAGCCCACUGAGCCUGUCCCUGCACCAGCGGCCACCAGGAUCCCUCAGCACACACCUGCAGCCCUCGUGGGAGCCCACGCUCUACUGGCGCCAGCCAAGCUGCCCACUGUUUCUGCAAGGAGUUCUUGGGCUCUUGUGGAAGUGUUAUGCUUUCUGCUUCCAUUAAAAAUGAGCA